CGAGAAGGUAACACAUUAGCAAAUCUAUGAGCUCCUAUAACUAUUUAACCGUUCAAAAUUAUGUCCAUAGACAAACAUGAAGUGAUAUAUAUAUAUAUUUUAAAUGUACAUGUUGUCAGUGAAGAUAAUCUAGCUACUACUGUUGCUUUAAAAUAGAGAUUGACAGCACAAAUAACAUUUGUUUCGAUAUAUUCUGCAUCACAUGGUCUCAUUUCCUGCACUGAUACAGGGGCCUUGAAGUUCGGUUUUUGCGUGGGUGGCUACUAGUGUAUUUAAUGCACUGCAUGAGCAAAUUUUACGAAUGAAAUCGGUUCAAUUAGGAGCCAUGGAUCUUAUGUAUUGAUACAGGCAGGGCUGUUGCUGCAUAGCACAUUGAUGAAGAUACGCGAUCGCGUCGUCUGUUUCAAUGGAAUGGUCUCCCAAGCAGAACCGUAAGACACCAAAAUCAGCAAGGGAUCAUACCACGCAGUCCUUGUCAAGUCCCCUGUUCUAUGACAAUGCUCUGAGUCACCUUCCUGUUGCAACAUGUACAUCACAGACCACAGCCCCACUACUGGGGUGGUGACAAUCAUAGUGAUCCUCAUUGCUGUUGCUGCCCUCGGUGUUCUCAUCUGCGGAUGUUGGUGCUACCUGCUCCUGCAGCGGAUUGGCCAGUCUGAAGAUGAGGAGAGUAUUGUAGGAGAGGGCGAGACCAAGGAGCCCUUCCUGAUGGUACCGUACUCCACCAGGGGCCCCCACGUCGAGCACAAAACCAAGCUCACCCACAACGGCACUGAGAAUCACACUUAACUGAGUCAUUAAGAAACCGUGGUCAUCACCUAAUAUUAACCAAGAGGAUCUCCUCAUUCACAUUUCAUCAUCUUUCAUCACGCCAUUGAAGGAUGAUAAACGGACUGCAGCUCAAUGUCAAUGUCUUAGGAAAUGUGAUAUUUUUGUUUCUCAUUCCAUUGUGUGGAUCUCAGUCAGGAUGUGAGGUUGUGAAUAGUUCAUUGUUAUGUUUCUUAAGUGUACAUAUUUUGAACACAAAAAUGUACAUCUAAUUGAUAUUGAUAGUUUUUGUUAACUCAGCAAUCCACUACUGAAUUUUGACGAUAGACAUGAGACAGCGCUCUGACGAAAUGAGUGGGCCAAACCUUCUUCAGAGCUUGUUGGAAGAAUGUAUGGUAAAUUGAUGACAAAACAAUUUACUUAAUAUCAAGUUGCUCAAAUUAUUUGAAAUUAAUUGACAUGGGCUACUUGAGUGACAGUCAGUGAGUGACAUAUAAGAAGAGGGAAACUGCUGAUGCACAACCAAGUUCGAAAUUGCACCUUGUGUAUUCUACUAUUCCAACUCUCAACAGUAAGUUGACCCCAACUGUUCCUAAAAAAAAUUAUAGAUUAUUAUAUAUUUUUAUAAUGUUGGCAAGGUCCGUACCUCGGUGUCCUCAUAUGUAGCUACAAUACAGUAGCUGCUACAACUGACAUGGGUUGAGAAGUCCUACCAAGAAGCUACCAAGAGCCAAUUACAUAUUUUCUAUAUUCAGUUGCAACAUAGGAAAUCCUGAUGGAAAGAUUCUAUGGUACCUGAGCAGGUUGAUAUUUGAUGAAACAAUGUUAUAAAGUAUUAUGAAAUGUAAAUAACAUUAUGAAGACUAUUGUUCUCUUUGUCAUUUGAUGUACCAUUGUAUCAUUUCCAAAUAAACUUUAAAUGUUAUAUCGGUC